AUGUUGCUCCUGCAGAGCCUGACCACAUCCUUGUCCCUGGGCCAUGGCUCAGAGUGUGGAGAGGAGCCCCAGAGCUGGAGAGUGCCCCUGAUGGUGCUGGCCGGCCUUUGUGCACUCAGCUCCUCCGUCUUUGUGCUGCUGUUCCGCUCUCCGUACAGACGCAUCAAGGCGGAGCAGCUGGCAAGAGCGGGCCCCGCAACUGUCACCUCCGAUCUGGUCCCGGAGAGCUACUCUAGAGAAGAUCCUCCACCUCUGACCAGGUGCUCCUCUACCUCGCACCAGGGUCCCUAG